AUGCAUAACUUUACGUACCAUGAGCUCGAGACGGCAACAAAAGGCUUCUCGGACGAUAACAAGCUUGGUCGUGGUGCAUUUGGAACGGUUUUUAAGGGAGUGCUGAAAGAUGGUAGCGAAGUUGCCGUUAAGCAGCUGGACUUGCAUUCCAAACAGGGACAGCGAGAGUUUGUCAACGAGCUGUCUAUUAUAACGAGCAUUCAGCACAAGAACCUUGCAAAACUUCGAGGUUAUUGCCUUGACCGAGACGAUCGAAUACUAGUGUAUGAAUUUCUAGAGAACAAGAGCCUUGAUCAGCUAUUAUUUGGUAAGAACUAG